AUGUUCAAAUUGUUCACUGUCUGCUUCCUCGCUCUCUUCGCUGUUGCCUUCGGUGCUGCUAAGCCCGGUCUAUUGGCUGCACCUGCCGCUCUUGCGUACUCCGCUCCAGUUGCUGCCGCUUAUGCUGCUCCCGUAGCUGCUCCCUUAGCCGCUGCUUAUGCUGCUCCAGUGGCCGCUGCUUACCACGCCGGCUAUGCUGGUUACGUUGCGCCAUACGCCAGCAGCUACUCAGCACACUCUAUUGCUCACUCCGCCGCUUUCCCAGCGGCUUAUGCUGCUGCCCCAGUUGUCGCUGCCGCACCCGCCGUUGCUGUGCUGAAGAAAUAG